AUGACCGCCCAGCUGACAGAGUACAUGUUGCGCCAACACCGCUCUCUUCCCCAAUUACCCUGUCGCAUCUCUUGCGACUUCGGAGAGACAAGAAUGGUAAUCGCGCGGGCCCGUUUUGGCCCUCCGGCAAUGCCAAUCCGCAAUGCGACAAGGGUGGAUGCGGAUGAUUUGAUCGCCCCCCCCCUCCCCCCCAAGGUGAUUGCCGCGCAUCAUCAGCCGACGGCCAGACGAGGCCAGGAGCCAUCCCGCGAUGUGGUUGCGCUGGCAUUCGAGCCACGCCAUUAG